CAAGCGGGAGCGGAUGCCUCCUCAAAACCACAGAAUCCUCUUCUCACACAAAAAAGUAGGUCAUAAUCCCAAUUCUGUGCGAAAUAGAGGUCAUGUUCGACCACCGAGAGUGCAAAAUUAUCGAGGCUAACAUACCCCACCCACCAACAUGUAACUAGUGAACUGUUCUUCUGCCCAAGUCUGAGUUGAGGAGGAGGUCUGACCAAGUCGUCGUCGUCGUCACGAAGAAGAAGAAUCUCAAAACCCUUUCACCAAUUGAUCUCCUUUUUUGUGGCGAUGAACAUUGUGACCUCAAAUGGGAAACUUACAGCAGUUUCUGUCUCUGCAGCCACCACGUCGACAGUGGCACACAAGGGGGGAGCAAGUAUCACCAUGGUUGGCGGAGGUACUUCGUCAGCUGCUACUAUCAAAAUUUCCAACGCUACUGCGACCACAUCAGCAUCGUCAUCAUCAACAUCAGCGGGGGGAGGAUUACUGUCGCCAUCACCAAAUAUGAGUGUCACGUCGACCGGAAAACGUGUCGCAGGUUCGAGUAGAGGAAGUUCUAAUGCGAGCAAAGAUCGGGCCACGAAUAAGGAAAAAGAGGCAGCAGCAAGGAGCAAAGAAAGCAAGGAAAUUUCAUUGAAACCAGAUUUGAGAAAUAUCAUGCAAGCUUUUGGAGAUGGGACGAGUCCUUCGGAAGAUUCUGUACAGUUGAUGGAACUUAUUUUACGUCAGGAAAUGACGGCAUUUAUAUUUCUUUGUGAUACUGCGGCGUACUGGGGUGGAUAUAAAGUUUUAGGAAUGCGAGAAUGCAUUUACACUUUAAGAAAUGAUAAACCCUUCUUGUCACGACUCUUCAAAUAUUUUAUUAUUAAAGAUCAACAACAACAAAAAACAAUAUGCGUAAACUACCACGGUCAUACGAAAGUAGUCAGCACACAGGGCAACUAUUUGGGAGAAAUUCGUGAAAUACUGGAUGACUUGGAUGGAUCUGGAGAAUUGGAAAAAUUGUUGGAUCAAGAUAAUAGUUACGAUAGCAGUGGCGGAAAGUUGGAUAAGGCUCAUCAAGCAGAGAGCAACACUCAUAGACUGAUUAGUCCUAAAUAUAUUAAUUAUGUGAAAGCCCGUUCCAUUUCUUUUGCGAGAAAGUUACCUCAACUCCAAGAAUGGGUUUCACAGUACCUUCAUUCAGAGUACAAGUUAAGCCAAAAUUUUAUGGACAUUUUGGCGUUUUUGAUUUACGAUUUUGUGGCCCAAAUUGUGGAUCUCUCAUUUAUAAUCAAACGCGAAAGAACCAACGGAUCUAACCCUUUACUCAAAUUAUACGACCCAAGAGGAAGUAAUCCGGAUACAUGCAUGUCUGCCACUCUAUUUCUGAGGAAAGACGAAGAGUGUAACAAUGUCUCAGAAAUGUUGGUGCUGGCCAGUGAAUUGGAGGCCAAACGGCUUAAAAAGGUUUCGACAUCCAACAGAGAAGUAGUCUCGACCAAAAGUGUUCAUUGUUUAUCACCGAGUGAAAUUAAAGAAGCAUACCUUCGAAUGCAGAACAGUCAAGCUCCAUCAAUCUCUUUUCGGACCCGUGCCGAAAAAAUUAAACAUUUUAGCUUUCAGUAUUAGCAUCGAUUUGUUCGUAGUUGUAUGUAACGUAGUCGACCUACCGUAUCUUCUUUAGUAAUAUUAGUUGUAGAAACUCUUUAUAAAGAGAUGAUUAUGAUGAUGUGAAAUAAUAUACAAACAAAAAAAACUACCAACAACGAAUGUACAACAAAUCAAUGCAAUUUUAAGCUAACAUAAGAUUUUGUGUAUGUACUCGUAAAAUAUUUCGUAUUUACCAACCAUAGUAUUUCAAACUUUCGACGGAGAAGAAAGAUUACGAAGAAAUAUCUUAAUACUCGAAUUGCAUUUAUAGUUUACAUUGUACAAAAUUCUAUUUUGUUCUCGUUUUGCUAUGACCGACUAUACGCAUACAUAUUUACAUAUUAUAUAUUGAUUAUUAUUAUUUAGCUGGGCUAUGUAGAGAGAUUUUAAUUAAUUAAUUAAUUAUAGAAUCAAAUAGAAUACAAAAUAGUAUGUAUUGCCGCUGUUAUUCCAAUGUUAUGUGACUUAUCCACAUAAAAUGUUAAGUUAUUAUCUUUACUUCUUGUUACGUUACGCAAAAAAAGUACACAGUAAAGGUAAAUAAAUAGUUGACAAGAGUA